AAAUUUAUUUUUACUAUUAGCUCGAUUCACAGUCUCUGUUAUUAAAUGAUUUGCAGUUGUCCUAUGACUGAUAUCAAAGCCAACGCAUCAGCUACAUCGACGCCUCCUUUGUACGCAUCACUAGGAAGCCUUAUCAUUGACGACAUCGUUUAUCAGAAUGGUACAGAAGAACGUAAUGUCCUCGGUGGUGCUGGCAUUUAUGCCAUCUAUGGCAUGCGCGUUUGGUUGAAUCCACCCGAGUCGGAAAAGAUUGGUUACAUAGCACAAGAAGGGUACGAUCACCCUCCCGCUGUUGCUGACCAAUUGGAAAAACUUGACAUCACGUUACGAAGGCAACAGCAUGCAGACUUACAUACCACUCGCGGUUUAAAUACGUUUGGACCCAACGAUCAUCGCGACUUUGAAUAUAUCCAUCCUAUCAUUCGACUUACGGCACAAGAUCCACCGGAUGAUUGGGUCCACUCGCUUCGCGUGAUGCAUAUCAUUUGCUCACCUGAACGCGCGAUAGAGAUCGUUACAGAAUGGCGGGAACGAGGUGGAUCAUCAACUGCAUUUAUAUGGGAACCAGUGCCAUGGUCCUGUCUGUCCGAGCGAUAUGAAAUGGUAUGCAAGGCAGCAAAACUAGUGGAUGUGUUGACUCCCAACCAUGAAGAAGCAGCCGCCAUGCUAGGCAACUCGACCUUGGAUCCAGAGACAUGUGCUCAAAGGCUAUACUAUGCUACCCAAACCAACAUUGUCAUUCGUGCAGGUAAACAAGGCGCAGUGGUUGUCACGGAUAAUGUGCUUGAAUGGGUUCCUGCUUAUUGGAAGGAACAGGACAGUGAUAAGAUUCAGGACGUGACAGGUGCCGGAAAUGCAUUCUGUGGUGGCAUGUGUAUUGGCUGGGUUGCAUCCAACGGCAAUGCUGUGAUUGCUGCACGCUAUGGUGCCAUUUCUGCCAGCUACAUUGUGGAACAAGUCGGUUUACCGACAUACGAAAGAGAUAAUUAUGAAUGGAAUCAAGGUCCUUGUGCUCAAGAACGCCUAAGUAGCCUUUUAUUAUUAAAAAACUAA